AGCAACAUUGGAGCGGUGUCAAAUCAAACGUCGAACAUAAUAUGUUGGCUUAUGAGUUACGUCGUUCCCAAAGUAAUAAGGGAUGAACUGAUAAAUAUACUACAUGAAUGGCAGAUUGCAUUUGUUUUCUGCACAGGGAGGUUGAGGACACCUUUUUACCAGCUAAAUUGUAACCCGCUGGAAUUCAGUUUAUCUACCCCCCCCCCCUCCCUGGAAUUUCCUGGGAAUUCAUUGCCAGAUACCCCUGGAAAAUGGCUUUAAUUGCAAACCAUCCCCUGCCCUGGAUUUCUGCAGUCUUUUUCACCCCUCCCCCUGGAUUCUCCAAGGCCUUUUUUUACAUCCCUCCCCUGGAUUUUCCAUUGUCCUCAACCCCCUGUGCAGAAAAUAAAUGCAAUCUGCCAAUAUACAUGACCUAUUGUCCUAUUAAGCACGCUGGGGGCUUAUUUAAUAUGUCUAAUAUGGGUAAGGAGUUAUUACAGAGGGGAAGGCUUGUUGAUUUUACCGAAAUGCAGCAAGUAAUUGGCUGUUAGGCUAGCUUUCUUCAGAUUUCCACCCACUUAAAUUCAUAAAUAUUAUCAAACGUCAACAUGUGUGCAAUACUUUGUGUGAAAUGGGAGGGGGUUUGUUAGAGAGGGGGUUUAUUUGGGAGUGGAGUUAUCGAGUUGUAAUGGUAUAUUGUUUUGGGAUAUAAACCCAAAGACGUUGGCUUAUACCCACAUGAUAUCAAAGGAGAUUUUCUUCACCUUUUUAGGUAGCCCGGCCAGGACUUCCCAAAACAGUAAACACGAUCUGGAAAGAUCAUGAGGAGAAUUCUGCAGAAAGUACCAGCAAAAAUUACCAGCAAAUGAAUUUGAAGAUUUAG